AUGAAUAGCACAGAAGCAUGUAGUUCCUGGAACGGUAUUGACUCUGGCGAGGAGAUCGUUAUUUCUGGUAUUGCUGGUAGAUUUCCGGAUUCAGAUAAUAUGAAUCAAUUACGAGAAAAUCUAUUUAAUAAAAAAGAUCUUAUUAGAGGUGAUCAUGGACGAUGGAAGAGAGAAUAUCCAAACGUAUCAAACCGUAGAGGAAUAGUUAAUAAUUUGAACAAGUUUGAUGCGGAUUUUUUCGGAUUAUCUUUCGACCAAGCGCACACACUCGGACUUGACACGAGAAUGAUACUGGAACAUUCUUAUGAGGCAAUUAUCGACGCGGGGAUCAAUCCGAAGCAAUUGCGAGGAAAGAAUACUGCCGUGAUCAUAGCGGUAUCCUAUUCUGAAACGCAAGCUAAAUUUUUAUAUGAGGAUCUUGAGAUGGAUGGUCUGAAUCUUAUUGGAUGUAGCAAAUCUACAAUGGCAAACAUGAUUUCGUACCAUUUGGAUCUGAAGGGACCAUCGUAUACACUCGAUACAGCUUGUAGCACUAGUCUCUAUGCCAUGGCUCUUGGUUAUCAUGAUAUUAUGUCGGGCGAAUGCGAAGAUGCGAUAAUUGGGGCUGUACAAUUAGAUCUCAGUUUAAUUGUAAACCUGCAGUUCGCUCGUCUUGGUGUUUUGUCACCCAACGGUUGCUGCAGACCUUUUGAUAUCGCUGCAAACGGUUAUGUACGUAGCGAAACGAUAGGAGUGAUGUACCUUCAAAAAGCAAAGAAUGCAAAAAGGAUUUAUGCUAUAUGUCCUCAUAUUAAAACAAUGAACGAUGGUUACAAGGAAGAAGGAAUAGUACAUCCAUCGGUGCUUAUGCAAAGUACUUUGCUAACGGAAUUUUACGAUGAGUGUAGAAUAUCAACAUCUUGCUUGGAUUACAUUGAAACACAUGGUCCCGGUACUAAAGUCGGCGAUCCUCUGGAAAUCAAUGCUAUUUAUAACGUUUUGUGUAAGAAUAGAAAAACUCCAUUAAUGAUCAGCUCCGUAAAAUCUAAUCUUGGUCAUGCUGAAGCUGCAAGUGGUUUUACUCAGAUCGCUAAGGCAAUAAUAGCAUUUGAAACCGGUUUCGUUCCACCAAAUAUUAAUUAUACAUCACCACCACCAAAUAUAGAUGCCUUAAUAAAUGGAACUGUUCGUGUCAUCGAAGAACCGAUGCCACUUAAAAACGGUUAUAUAGGUAUCAGUUCUUUAGGUUUCGGGGGAGCUAUUGCUCACAUGUUAUUAAAGUGGAACCUCAAACAAAAAGUUAACAAUGGAACACCGAAUAAUGACUUGCCAACACUUGUAAUAUUAUCUGGGAGCACUGAAGAAUCAGUGAAGUUAUUCUUAAACGAUGUCGCUAAUUGUCCGAUAAAUAUAGAAUAUAUCCGUUUAAUACACGACGUUUAUGAAGACAGCAUAGAUGGUCACUUAUGGAGAGGAUUCACUAUACUGAAUGUUUUGCAACAAGAUUCAAUAAGGGAAAUUCAAAAUUGCGAGAAUACGAAAAGACCUGUUUGGUUUAUAUUUUCUGCUUUAGGCUCGCAAUGGCCAGGAAUGGGUCGAAAUUUAUUAAAAUUUCACGUCUUUGCAAAUGCGAUAAGAGUGUGCGACGUUACUUUAAAACCAUAUGGUAUAGGUGUCGCGGAUAUUUUGACAAAGACAGAUGAAAAAGUGUGCGAAGACGCGUUACACGCGUUUGUUGGCAUUGUUGCUAUUCAGAUCGGUUUAGUAGAUCUCUUAACAUCAUUAGGAAUUAUUCCGGAUUACAUGAUUAGCCAUUCUGCUGGUGAACUUGGUUGCGCGUACGCCGAUGGAUGUCUCACCAUCGAACAAACUAUUUUAUCAGCAUAUUUUAUUGGUUUGGCGUGUGCCGAAGGAAAAAUAAUUCGUAGCUCUAUGGCAAUUGUCAGUCUUGAUUACGAGUGUCUCAAAAACAUGUGUCCAGUGGAUAUUGAAAUAAUAUGUCGCAAUAGCGAGAACAGCAGCGUUGUGAGUGGACCCACAGAAUCCGUGCAAAAAUUUAUGAAAAUCUUGCAGAUCAAUAAUAUUCACGUGAAAGAGGUACACUGCAAUGUACCGUAUCACACUUCUUAUCUCGCAUCUGUGAAAAUUCAACUUUUGCUUAAUUUAAACAAAGUAAUAUCACGGCCGAAGAAACGGAGUCCAAAAUGGAUCAGCACUUCCAUACCUUGCACCGAAUGGUUCAACUCAGAAUCAAAAUUAUCAUCGGCGGACUAUCAUACACAUAGUAUAUUAAAUACCGUUCUCUUUGAACAAACAACGCAUCUAAUUUCAAGUAACGCAGUGACCAUCGAAAUUGCGCCAGAUAGCGUUCUGCAGCACGUUCUGAAAGAAUCCUUGUGUUCGGAAGUAAUAAACGUUGUAUUGACUCGACGCACUGAACAAAAUAUUGACGUAAUUUUACAAGGAAUUGGAAGGCUGUAUAACUGUGGCUUACAGCCGAAAGUUGCUAAUUUAUACCCGCCAGUGGAAUAUCCUGUUAGUCGAGGAACUCCUAUGAUUUCCCCAUCGAUCAGAUGGGAUCACUCCAAAGAUUGGUAUAUACCGAGUUUUGAAACACAAAUGUCCAUAAAAUCUCGAGAAAGAUGUGUCGAAAUCUCACUUGACUAUGAGGACUACUAUUAUAUGCACGGUCAUAAAAUUGAUGGAAGAAAUUUGCUACCCGCGACGAGUUAUCUUGAACUCGUUUGGGAAACUUUCGGUAUGAUGAAAGGGAUAACAUACACAACAAUACCGAUAAUAUUUCGAGAUGUAAACUUUAUUCGCGCUACUCACUUAAUGAAAAGUAAUGCUGUAAAAUUGAUGAUUGCGAUACAGAAAGAUGGGAAGUUUGAAAUAACCGAAAGAGAUAGCGUUCUUGUGACAGGUACAGUGCACGAGAUAUCGAAUCCAGAACAGGAAAUGAUUCGGACAGAUCUAUUACCGGAGAUUAACGAUGAGGAAGAAUAUAUAACUGCUCGAGAUAUCUAUAAGGAGUUGAGACUGCGUGGUUACCAGUACAGCGGCUGGUUUCGCGGAUUACAUAGCGCAUCUAUUUCAGGCAAUAAAGGACAUAUUGUUUGGAAAACAAAUUGGGUAACGUUUAUGGAUACUAUGAUGCAGAUGUGUAUUAUUGGAUAUGAUACCAAAGACUUAUGUGUUUCGACGAGUAUUCAGAAGUUGGUGAUCAAUCCUAAGCUUCAUGCAUCGAUGCUACGAAACAGCGUGGCUGGCAUGGAAGAUACGCAAGGACACGCGACAUGCAAGGAUAAAACAUUACCGAUACGAAUAUACAGAGAAUUAGACACAAUUAUAGCUGGCGGAAUAGAGAUGCAAGGCUUAAAAACCACUCAGAUCUCUCGCCGAAGAUUGGCUCAGGAUGUUCUUAUCGAAGAACACGUAUUUGUAGCUCAUCAUGAUCGCGCUAAGAUUUCUUUGAACGAAGCGAUUCGAAUAUCGGCGCAACUCGCGCUGGAAGAUCAUCAAAUCAUCAAAGUGAAAACCAUCGAGCUAGUGGAAGAUGUCGACGAUGUCGCACCAGAAUAUCUCUCUUCUUCGUUGCUGCUUGAGGCUUUUGGUGAUGUGCCAUUGAUACAAACGAAUAUCAUUGUAUUAACAUCGCCGAAUCGUUUUAGUCCAGCAGAUCUACCGCAGAACAUUUCAAUUAGAGAUUUAAACAAACCAUUUGUAGAUGACAAAGCCUUAAUAGUUGCCGGAUUCAACCUUUUGACCAAGCAACAAGCCUCGUUAGAACGACUUUUGUCAUUUCUGAGAGAAGGUGGCUAUCUGUUGUCACGUGAGAAAUGCGACGUAGUUAACUACACCAAAUAUUUACAGCAAUACGAAUUAAAUGUUAUUCUUGAAAAGCGCACCGACAAAGAAAUGAUUGUGCUUCUGAAGAAGAAAAUUCUGAUAAAAAAGAGAAUUGUUGUCUACAUAAAUAAUAAUAAUUUUAAUUGGCUGGAAGAUCUAAAACUGCUUGUGAGCGAUGAGAAUAAACUCGAGGAAAAGAGUAGGAUUAUAAUGGUUGGAGAGAGAGAUUUUGAAUGCGGUUUAUUAGGUUUUAUUAAUUGUUUGAGAAAAGAGCCAGGCGGAGAGUUUGUUAGAAGUCUGCUUAUUCAAGAUGAGAAAGCCCCUAAGUUUUCUCUACAGGAUCCUUUCUAUAUACAUCAAUUGCAAAAAGAUAUGUUCAUUAAUGUAUUGCGAUCUAAUGAAACCUGGGGAUCAUACAGACAUUUGCGAUUACCACGACCGAAAGCCGAACCCGUACCUACCGCUCAUGUAUGCCAAACGGCCCGUGGUGAUCUAGGUACAUUUUGUUGGAUAGAGAACAGUCUAUGUGUCGAAGCCCGUCGUGAGGAUUUGGUGCGUGUGGUUUACUCAUCGCUCAAUUUCAAAGAUGUAAUGCUUGCGACUGGUAAAUUAGUAUCUGAUCAAGCAAUCUCACGAGAACGGUUUCAAUGUACUCCCCUUGGGUUUGAAUACGUAGGAUUCGAUCCCACUGGGCAACGUGUAAUGGGAAUCCGUGAUACCGAUUGUAUUGCAAACGUCGUUGUAAAAGAUAAAGAUUUCUGCUGGAAGAUACCCGAUGCAUGGACAUUCGAAGCGGCGGCGACGGUCCCGUGCGUUUACAGCACGGUUUACUUAGCCUUAUACAUACAUGGGAAAAUGAAAAAAGGCAAUAAGAUACUUAUACAUUCUGGUGCUGGCGGUAUUGGACAAGCAGCUAUUCACCUCGCUCUCAAAGAAGGAUGCGAGGUGUUCACUACUGUGGGCACGAGAGAAAAACGGAACUUUAUUAAGAAGAUGUUUCCGAUCAUUCUGAAUGAACAUAUUGGAAAUUCACGAGAUACCAGCUUUGAACAAAUGAUAUUGCGAGAAACAAACGGUCGCGGCGUCGACAUCGUGUUAAAUUCAUUGGCAGAAGAAAAGUUAAUCGCGUCCAUUCGUUGCUUGGCGCAAAAUGGUCGUUUUCUGGAAAUCGGCAAAUUUGAUCUCAUUUCUAACAAUCCGCUAGAUAUGUCUAUGUUUCAAAAAGGUAUUAGUUUCCAUGGAAUUCUACUCGAUAAAAUGAUGUGUCCUGGCGAUCACAAGUAUAAGUCGCUGUUGUCCAAAAUGAUAACCGAUGGUCUUAAAGAUGGUGUCAUCAAACCAAUUCAAGUAAAAGUUUUUUCGAAAACAGAAAUCGAAGAAGCUUUUAGAUACAUGGCGAGUGGAAAACACAUGGGAAAGAUAAUUAUAAAGAUCCAGGAAAAGGAUGAACCUCUAGACAAGCCCAUUGUCGCAUAUCGUCGCUAUUACUGUCUCAAAAAUAAAAGUUAUAUUAUAUUGGGAGGUCUAGGUGGAUUUGGUUUGGAGUUGACCGAUUGGUUAAUAUUUCGAGGCGCCAGGAAUGUCGUGUUGAUAUCGCGAACGGGAAUAAAAAAUGGGUAUCAACGCAUGAAAGUUCGACUAUGGAAGUCGUACGGUGUAAAUGUGCUGAUUAUCAAGGAUAUCGAUGUCGCUGAUCCCAAGGACUGCGAAUACCUCUUGCAAACUGCCGAAAAGAAAGCGCCGGUGGACGCAAUAUUCAAUCUCGGUAUGGUGAUGAAGGAUGGCGUGUUGAAGAAUCAAACCGCGGAGACCUUCGCGGAGUCUUUCCAACCAAAGGCUUCAGCAACGCAAACAUUGGACAAACUUUCUAGAAAGAUUUGCUCCCAACUGCGGCACUUCGUGGUAUUCUCUUCCAGUGCCUGCGGUAGAGGAUACGCUGGACAGACUAAUUAUGGCAUGGCCAACUCUAUUAUGGAGAGGGUGUGCGAGAAGAGAGCGGAGGAAGGAUUACCCGGAUUGGCGAUUCAGUGGGGAUUAGUGGGUGACGUGGGUAUCAUCGCUGACAUGCAGGAGAACGAUGGGAAGGAACUGAUUACCGACCGCCUCGGCCUCUUGCAGCAAACGAUAUCUUGCUGUCUCGACGAGCUCAAUAAAUUUUUAAUUCAAACCCGACCGGUUGUAAGCAGCUUGGUCGUAGCUAAAAAGAAAGCAAUAUCUUCUGGAUUUAACAACCUGAUAAAAACUGUCGCCAAUAUUUUAGACAUAAAAGACAUAAAGUUUGUAAGUCAAAAUUCAUCUCUGGCCGAACUUGGAAUGGACUCCAUAAUAGCCGUGGAAAUUAAGCAAACUCUGGAACGAAAGUUUGACAUUUUUUUGACUGCGCAAGAGAUACGAAAUCUCACCUUCGCGAAGCUUAAUAAGAUGUAAUUAUUUUGAAUUUCGGUACAGUACUUCGACAUAAAGUUGAGUUUAAUUGGG